GUGUUCAUAAAGCUGAUGAGACGCAAUUUGCCACGUAGCAAGUAUCAAAAAGGAAUUAUCCAUCCUAUCAAGUAUUUGAGAGACUAUCUGGAGCGCGAUAUAAGACCAGAUGGUCGUCAGUUUCUACGAGUACGUCCUAUGAGUGUUAAUGUACGCUCCAUAACACAAGCGGACAGUUCCUCAAUUUUUAAAAUAGGAAACACAACAGUUGUCUGUGGAAUCAAAGCAGAACUGGCAGAACCAAAAGUUGAAACUCCAGAUUGUGGCUAUAUCAUUCCAAAUGUGGAACUACCUCCUCUGUGUUCUCCAAAAUUUCGGCCAGGACCACCAAGCGAUCAAGCUCAGAUUUCCUCAAAGAUAGUGGAAACAGUAUUUUUGAAUUCUGGAGUAUUAGAUCCAAGAAAUCUAUGCAUUUCAAAGAACAAACUGGUCUGGGUUCUUUAUUGUGAUUUAAUCUGUAUCGAUUACGACGGCUCUGUUAUGGAUGCUUGUGUUGGAGCUCUAAUGGCUGCUUUAAAAACCCUUACUCUUCCUGAAGUAGAGCACAAUCCUGAUACUGGUGCCAUCAUUGUUCAUCCAUCAAAACGAUUGAGUGUUCCCUUAAAAGGUGCUCCUGUGUGUACUACAUUUGCAUUAUUUGAAGACCAGUUAUUAAUUCCCGAUCCGACAGAAGAAGAAGAAAGUCUUGCAUUGGCAAGAUUAUCUCUAGUGAUCGAUGGAGAAGAACUAUGUGGUGUAUACAAAGCUGAUAUACCUUGUAUAGUGCUUUACUAUGUAGAACAUAUACAAUAUAAUAAAUAGUCUGUUAUAAUCAGUACACCUAAGUAGAAAGGAAUACAAGUAGAAUACUAUACUUGUAAGUUCUCCUUUAAAGGGACAGUACGAAAAGUAUUAUUUUUCAUAGGAGGGAUCCCAAUAUCCCAAGAAGUCCUUAUGAAGAGUCUCUCACAAUCAAAGAAACGGGCAGAACUCGUAAGGAAAUUAAUAGAUACAGCAAUAUCAUCAACUUGACCGUAAACGUUGAAUACGUACACAAAGUCUGUAGCAGAAACACCAACACUCACUCACGUAAGAUUAUAUCAAUCAUUUGUAUAAGAAUAAAGCUUAACCUUGUGGACAAAA